GAGGUUUGGCGCGCAUUUAAACUGUGGACAUGUCGGUUGUCAAACAGCCGUAAUAUCGCGCUGAUGUUAUCUAUGAAAUUAUCACUUGCUUUCGUUAUAAAAUAUAAGUGGAUUAUAUGUGUUGAGCCGUUGGCUCACUAUCUAUCUUGUUCCUUCUUCUCCCAGGUUACUUCAUUUACUUCUAGCACUCCACCAUCACUCAAGUUACCUUCAGGCUAGGUACAAACCUACCAAAGGUUAAACGUUACAACUGCCUGCAGAUUUUCUGGUGUUUGUAUUGGUUAUGUCGUCAGGCUGUUGCUCAGGCGAACAGGGUGACGGGGAUGAAGAUUCCCACUCGUCCAUUCAUAGUGCAACUCAUAAUGAUGGCGAAGCAAUCAGUUCCCUCUAUAGUAAAUGUAGAAGUGAAUCAAAUCGACAUAACCCACUAAUCAAAAUAUCCAGAGAAGAAGCGGAUUUGUGCAAUGCAUUCACAAAAUGCAUACGUCACGAUUCUGGGUACAAUGGUUUCUAUCUACAACCGAUGCACAAAUGUAGCUCCUCAACACAUAUAUCAGUUUUGCCAUUCGAACUGCUUUUGAGAAUAAUUCGAUGGACCAUUGGCAGCCAUCUAAAUAUACGUGUUCUAGGCGUUUUAUCUUGUGUAUGUCGUGGUUUCUAUCUGUUGGCUAAUGAUAAUUCAAUAUGGAGAGAUAUUUGUUUCAAAUUAUGGCCAGUAUGGCUAACAUAUGACAAUAAUAAUAUCGGUUGUAAUAAUCAACUUAAUUAUUUAUCCUCAAUGAAUUACACUUCAUGGCGUGAAAUGGCUAUUUAUCGACCACAAGUUUUAUAUCAUGGAUGUUAUCUUUGUCGUGUAACCUAUGUUAGAACAGGAGAACCGGAAAUAGGCUCUUCUUAUAAACCUGUAUUUAAAGUUGUCUAUUAUCGUGGUAUACGUUUUCAUGUUUCAUCAAAUCAAAUCAGCAUGUUCACUGCGCCAUUAGAUCCAUCUUCAAUUGUGGCAGUUUUAAGUAAAUCACAUCAGUCCUUGUCAUCAUCUGUGGAUGUCAGUUUAGUUGGAAAUAAUAACAAUAAUAAUUCCAAUUCCGAAGCAGUUAUGAAAACAGCUGUUUCUGGUACAUUAUUGAAGGGAACGUAUGAAUGGUAUGAUCAUGAUUCUAUUGUGUGCACUUUACAUCAAUUUUCCGAUAAACAAAAUCGACCCCAAUAAGGAGACGCCAACACUUGGGUCCUGUUGUUCCACAGUUAACAGUUACUUUCACAAUAAAAUUUAAAAUCGGUGACAAAAAAGGUUGUCUACACAAUCAGCUCCUGUGGGAUUCGUAUGUUAUCCAUACCUUUGAUAAAUCCAGUGAAAGUGAAAGUACCACCGUGUUAGAACUAACCAACCAACAUUUCCCACCCUGUCGUUUUGUUCGAGUGCGAAACUUCAUCCCAGAGGUGACAGCCUCACCACUUUGAUCUGUUUUCACUACUAACCCUGGUUAAUCUUAUCUUUACAAAAAUAUUUCUCAACAUACAAAUAUUUCUAUAAGUACAUGCAGUUUUUUAGUGUUAACUCGUAUCAAUUACUCUCCUUAAUGUAUUUGUUUAUUUUACUUACGGUUUCAUUUUUGAAUACUUCACUCUGAUUUACUUUGUCGCUGUUCUUACUUCAACUUAAGUUCUAUACAUAAGUAUAUUUACAUCAUACAUGUGUACAUAAACGCAUGUUGUUCAUCAUGAUUUAUGUAAUAUUCGACUUCUCUAACUAGUUUCAUCAUAGAUUUUAAUCCACUCGCGUUUACUGUAAUGAAGGUUUAUCUAAAUAGAUCUUACAUAUCUACUACAAAAUAAUGUCUGGCAUUCACAGUUCUUUGUUUAGUUGACUAUUAUGCAUUACAAACUGCAUAAAACGAUAAUUGUAUUCUUUAUACUAAUGAAAUCAAGACAAAUGAAUAUCAAAAGUUUAAAAUCUGAAGUAAGGCGUAUUCCUCACUGUGGAUCCGAUUAGUAAGUUAUUAAAUGGAGAGAAAAUCUAGUUUCCCAGUCAUUCUUUCAGCCUGAUAAUAACUCAUUUCGAAAUGGUAGAUCUUGAUUCCCACACGACCGAAGAAAUUUCUCCAUAAGAAUACUCUCAUAUGAUUGUGUAGUGCAUCAAUAUUUAUUACAAUCCCGCUAGUCAAAAGUUGACUCUUUCAUUUUGUUGACGGAUGACUUGCUUUACCCACUCACUUUUUUUCUACCUGGUCAAUAACUACCUCUGAAAAAUUGUUUUCAAUGUAAAUUUUGUUGUAGCCGUAAUGAAAUUAUUCGUCAUAGUGAGACUCGUUACAUUUGAUGUUUACAUACUAACGUAGGUUCCAAAAGAAGUUUAUUCGAUUUAAAUUUAGGAAACCCACCCAUCACCUGUAUUUUGUACCUCAGCUGGAUUUAGGAAACGCGUAUAAUUGAUGAGAGUUUCCUUCAGUUCAUUUUGGAUUGAUAUAUAGCUGUGUUUGUGUAGGUACUGCACUAAUCUGCUGAGUUGAAGUUUCGUUAUCUAAUUCAAUUUCCACUAAUCGUUUGUGUUUCUUAACUGAGAUAACUCACAUGGAAAUUUAACUGCUUUCUCCUCCUAUGCUCCCGAUGUGAUUAAGGAUAUCUAACCAGCUGAGUAGUGAGUCUACUAAGUUCUUGAUGAUGCUGUUAAUUUCAACAAUCCGAUUAGCUUUCAGUAUGAUUUAUUCUACACAGACAUCAACUUCCAACACGUCUGUUAUUGGCUAAUCAGUUUACUCAAUUUUGCAUGCCAUAUCAAAACCAGAGUUCAGAACCAAUAGCAACAUUGAAUAACGACCGUAUGAUACACAGAAAGUUUUAAGAAUUCCGGAAGAAAAUCAACUAAUAUUAGGUGCAACUUCUAUCAACAGUAGAAACCUUAUCAUAAUCUAAAGUAUUAUUUACAUGAUAACAUCACAUUACUGAACUAAGCUUUAUACAACGCUUACAGUGUUUAGAUAGUAAUUUUCUAUCGGACCUAACUUCCUUACCUUACGAUCGUAACUAAAACUUCUGAAUUAUUAACGACAAACUCUCCUGAUCCAUCAUUUUCCCAAACUGAAAAAUCGAGAAUCAAAAGGAAAGUACUUACUGACGCUUGUUACUCCUAAAGGAGCAUAGGCCGCCAACCAGCAUUCUCCAAAUCACUUUGUCCUGGGCUUUCCUUUCCAAUUCUAUCCAACUUUUUUUCAUUUUUCUCAUGUCUGUCUCCAUUGCCCAGCGUAAUGUGUUCUUUGGUCUUCCACCUUUCCUUUGGCCUUGAGGAUUCCAUGUGAGGGCUUGUCUUAUGAUGCAGUCGGGUGCUUUCCUCAAUGUGUUUCCUAUCCACUUCCAGCACUUCUUCCUAAUUUCUUCCUCCGCUGGAAUCUACUUCGUUCUCUCCCACAGUAGGUUGUUGCUGAUAGUGUCCGGCCAACGGAUCCGAAGUAUUUUGCGUAGAUAGCUAUUAAUAAUAAACACUUGUGUCUUCUGGAUGAUGGCUUUCGUAGUUCCCCAGGUUUCCGCCCCAUACAGUAGAACUGUCCUGACAUUUGUGUUGAAAAUCCUGACCUUGGUUUUACUUGACAGUUGUUUCGAGUUCCAGAUGUUCUUCAGUUGUAAAUAUGCUGCUCUUGCUUUGCCGAUCCGCGCCUUCACUCCUGCACCAGAUCCACCGUGUUCAAUAAUGAUGCUGCCCGAAUAUGCAAAGGUUUUUACAUCUUCCAAAUCUUCUCCGUCAAUUGUGAUUGGAUUGGUGCAUGCCGUGUUGUAUCGGAGAAUUUUGCUCUUCCCUUUGUGUAUAUUGAGACCUACUGUUGCUGAGUCUGACGCUACACUGGUCGUAUUUUCCUUCAUUUGUUGUUGCCUUUGCGAUAGAAGAGCCAGAUCAUCUGCGAAGUCUAGAUCGUCCGACUGCAUCCUAGAUGCCCACUGUAUCCCGUGCUUCCCUUCAGAAGUUGACGUUUUCAUGAUCCAGUCGAUCACCAGGAGAAAGAGAAAGGGUGAGAGUAAGCAACCUUGCCUGACACCGGUCUUUACUUCGAAAGAGUUUGUCAACUGUCUUCCAUGCACAGUUUUGCAGUUUAAUCCAUCAUAGGAAUUCCGUAUGAUAUUGACUAUCUUCUCAGGUACGCCGUAGUGUCGAAGAAGCUUCCGUAGUGUUGUCCUGUCCACGCUAUCAAAUGCUUCCUCGUAGUCAAUGAAGUUGAUGUAGAGUGAUGAAUUCCAUCCAAUCGAUUGUUCCACAAUGAUCCGUAGUGUUGCGAUUUGGUCUGUACACGAUCUAUCCUUACGGAAUCCUGUCUGUUGGUCUCGAAGUUGGGCAUCUACGGAGUCAUUCAUUCUGUUUAACAAUACCUUG